AUGCCCAUCAUCACCACCAGGGAUACCACCAGCACCCAUAAUAGCAAGAAUUUCAUGCCCGCGCUCGACUGCUGUCUUCACAAACAGCAGUGGUCUUGUUUCUCCCGGCUGACGGUCCUGACCUUUACCCUUGUGGUUGCCGCCGCCACCAUCUCGUCGUUGUUCUCUUUCUGGAAGCUCAUACAAUUCCUGGUGGUAAGACGGAUCGUCCGCCAGCAAGAAGCCAUCUGUGGCCGCAUCAUCAUCAGCUGGACAUCCGGGCUGGCCCCCCUCUCAAGGAACUUUGUUCCGACUUCAACACCAACCUUAGAUACUGUGGUGUCAUCCCGACAGGGUCAGGGCCCCCAAGAAAAGCAGGCUAGUUGCGUUACAGUCAGGGGAGGGGAAGCCAGCGGCACAGCUCCGGUGGGAUUGGCCGGUCCCUCUAAGAAGAACAGGAGAAUGGAAGAGGAGGAGAGGUACACGACCGCAGGGCCAUGGUCACGUGGAGUCAGCACAGACUGGAUCGAGUGGCAGCAGGAAGAGGAGGAGUCAAGUGGUCCCCUUCUUCUUCCUCCUCCUCCUGCUGCCGCUGCCGGGCCUGGACUGAGGGACAAUGCCAGAGCCUCAUCAUCUUCAGCUCCAAGGCUGGUUCGAGGGACGACCGCGGGCGCCGUCGCUGGCUCAGCUCAGGGACGACAAGAUAGGAUCAACAUUGCCACAUCGUCCUUGGUCAAUUAUAUGGCAGACGACGAGCACAUACGAUAUGGCGCUCACGGGGCUCCUGGCAACGACAACGACUUCAUCGUAAACAGGUCCCCGUCCCGCCACCAGCGACACAGAUUGGAUUUCAACAGACCACCACCACCACCACCUCUGCCUCUGCCGACGGCCGGUGGUGGCCAUCUGAACCACAGUGGCUCCACGACGGCUUCCUUCUCAGGGUUCGACGCCAGGAGUGGGUCUGCGAGCGCCCUGUCUCAAGAAGGGGCCAUCAUGGGACAGACGGGCGGUCACCACGCAGAGGGCGUCCCGUUUGCUUAUGCGUCGUCAGAUUUCCGCUCGCCAAGAACUACUGGUGCCAUAGCCUUUGAUGGACACAGCAGCCAUGUCGCAUUCGGCACCGAGGAUACAUUUUCUCCGUCCUCGUAUCCUUCCAUCUCGCCUAUGCUCCCUCCGCCGCCGCCCAGCAUCGCCGAAGAUUUUGACCCCAGCGUCGUCAUGUUUCCUGGCCCAGGGGCGGUCGUAGAUGGAGGGAUCAGGAUUGUUCCGCCACAUGGCCACGGCGACGGCGAGCUGGUUCACACCCACGGAGAAUCCAUGGAGGCCUUUGGAGAUCCGUCUUCCCGCGAUGGCUGGAGGCGACACACCAGAGUGUACGGUGGAGAUAUCGAGCACGAUAACGAGAUCACGUUUCCUAUGAUUGAUGACUGCUGGAGGGAGGUCUUGUAA